ACUCCACAUUUUGUUUUAUAUUUAUAGUACAUGUAGAGCCUAGAAAUGUGAAGCAUGGCUUUAGUUUUUAGAAAACUGAAAGGUCAAUCAAAUGAAAUGAUAAGAGCUUAUGAGGUUAGAAAGAUGAUUUGACUGUGGUGGUUGCACUGUAUAUUUUCACAAUGUUUUCUUACUUUUCUUUAGUUUCUUGUUUGAAAAUAUAUUUGAAACAUGAAUUGCUCAAUUUAACUUAACCUUAUUAUCUGUCAAAACCAGAACAUAACUUAAAUGUUCCUUUGAUGAGGCUCACCAGUUAAAAUAUGUAUGCAUAUAUGUAUUUAAAACCGGUUAGGUACUCAGUAUAGUGCAUUUCUCCACUAAGGCCCAACAGUCCCAUUUUGAAACUACGUUUACAAUCACUAGAUCUGCACCUAACUCAAUGAAAAUGUUGGAUCUGCCUGUUUAUCCAUAUCCAAUCGAAAAUGUAUUGGGUUUUUCCUUGGUUCAUGCCCCACCCCUCCACAAAUCUCAUGGAAAUCAGUGGUGCAGUUUUUGAGUAAUCCUGCUGACAGACAAACAAACGAAAAUGAAAACAUGACCUACUAGGGGGAGGUAAUGAACUAUUUUUGUAGAUGUUUUCUGAGCCAGUGGGACUUUAUAGCAUUGACCUGAUGGCAGCAACUAGAAGUAUUGCUAGACAGCAUGAGAGGGUUUUUUCUAGAUCUGCUGUGAGGCUUAGAAAGCAAAUAAGUCAUAUUCGACUACUAUUGCACUACAAUACUCAGUUGCCUCAGAAAACCUAAGGUCCAGGGCGACAGGCAUAUUUUCUGGGAUCUCAGUGGCUUGUAGAGUAUUUGACUGUGGAUCCCUCGUAAACCCUGAGAGACAACAGAGUUGUCCUGCCAAGUGCAGCCAAAAACCAGACGCCCAGAAGUCUGCUCAUGGUCUCUCAAACCACACAACCCACUCUUUCCAGCUUUGACUCAGGCCGAAGGAGAGUCGAGGUAGAACAGGGCCCAAACUCUCUAAGUUCACAGCGAUGUAACUGAGUAUUUUUCAUUCUUAACUUUCCCUGUCUCUUGUUCAUGUCCUCAAAAGGCCCCAUGUCAUUAGAAGGUCUCAUUAUUCUGUCAUAACUGGAGCGAUGACAUUACUUUUAUUGUUUUCAGACAUUUGUAAACAGGAUAUUGAGGUUGUUGCACUAAACAUUCUGUUUUUCUCUUUCUGUCUUUGCCUUAAACAAUAAAUUGCUUUGUACGCUGUGAGGGAAGAGCAACAAUGGAACAAUGUGUCUGCCAUACAACCGACUGCAUGGUUACAUUUUCUGUCACUGUUCCUCUCCCCGGUCCCGUCUAUUUGUCACAACAGGCAACACAUCCCAACAUGAGGACAUACUAUUUUUGCACAGACACAGCCAAGGAAAUGGAGUCUUGGAUGCAAGUAAUGACGGAUGCUGCACUUGUGCAUUCAGAGCCGGUCAUAAGGUUGGACAGACUAAAAGUGGAGCAGUGCGGCCCUCAAGAGAUCAACCACGUGGCCAACCACAGGCCACCGCUCACACAGCCCGAAAUCCAGAACAACGAACGCAACCGAGAGGUCGACCUCGAGUGCACUUUGUCAGUCACCCCAGACGCGGCAGAAGAAGAGAGGAAGCAGCGAGAUGCGGAGCGCUACGGCUUCCAUAAGGAGGGGGCGGAGCGCGAGCGUCCCCUCACCAAGAUCAACAGCAUCAAACUGCAGCCCGCCCAGGCAGCGGCUAUCAAAGCCAACAUUGCCUCGCCACAGACCCCAACGGAGAUGGAUGGGCCCCAUCAAAGCCCGCAGGUUAACGGAUCUGGUGACCAGUUUCCAGCUGAUGGAACCAGAGUCCCUCCUCAGCGGAGUCCCAACUAUGAGCCGGACCGCAACCUGAGUCGUACCAGCUCUAUGCAGCAGCUGGAGCAGUGGGUUCGCACACAAAGGGUGCGCAGCCAGGACGACGACACCAGGAGCAUCACGUCGUACCAGACUCUGCCUAGAAACAUGCCAAGCCACCGGGUCCCCUACAUGCCUCAUUAUGGAGAUGGCUACCGCAGCAUGCCCAGGAAUAGCAUGGCACAGCGGGACAGCAUCUGCAGCAUGUCGCCGUCGCUGUACGAGCAGGUCUUGGGUUCCAUGCCGGCCGACAAGCGCCGCUCCAUGCGCGACGAUACCAUGUGGCAGUUGUACGAGUGGCAGCAGAGGCAGGCGUACACCAGGCCGCCGGGGCUCUACGGCAACAUGGCCAGUCCCAAGACCAUGAUCAACCUGUCGGACCACGUCGCACCGAGCCACUCCAUUCCCCCCUCACCCUCCCACGGCUCGCUGUCCAUGUACGGUGGCUACUCCCCGAUGCGAUCCUACAACAUGAACAGCGGUCAUUCUGAGGUCUCCUCCCCCGUUUAUAGACGAGACAUGAGCAUCGACAGACGUCAUAGGCCGCAGCUCAACAAGUAUGGUUACCCACCUGACAGGAGGUCCAUGCCCGCAGGGAUCCCAGUCCAGAAUAUCACUGCCCAGACUCUGCAAGGCAAAACACCUGAGGAACUGACUCUGCUGCUGAUAAAGCUGCGGCGGCAGCAGGCAGAGCUAAACAGUAUCCGGGAGCACACUGUAGCACAGCUUAUGCAGCUAAACAUGGAUGGUGACAACCCAAAGAAUGACAUACUCUCUCACCACCUCCAAAGGAACCUCAUGUUUUUGGACAAUCAGAUGAAGGAAAAUGACCCUUUAAUCGUCAUGACUCACUCUCUGAUUGAGAACUCUGCCCCGAGGCCUCAACUUUACCAGCAACUGGGUCAAGACGACUACAGAGAACACGCCUACACGUUCAUGCCAGGAGAAAUGGACAUUGAUAGCAAACUGAGCCUGCUGUGUGAGCAGGAUAAAAUGGUGGGGACACACGAGGAAAAACUUCAGCAGCUGUACAGAGAGAAGCACACCCUUGAGACGGCGCUGCUGUCCGCCAGCCAGGAGAUCGAGAUGGGCUGCGAUAACUCUGUUGCCAUGCAGAGCAUCAUCCAGCAGCGAGACUUACUGCAGAGCGGCCUGCUCAGCACCUGCAGAGAGCUGUCCAGAAUCACUGCUGAGUUGGAGCGCUCGUGGAGGGAGUACGACCAGCUGGAGGGAGAUGUGACUCUGGCUAAGAACAACCUGCUGGAGCAGUUAGAAGCACUGGGAAGCCCUCAGACGGAGCCUCCCAGCCAGCAGCACGUCCACAUCCAGAAAGAGCUGUGGAGGAUUCAAGAUGUGAUGGAGGCCCUCAAUAAACACAGAGCUCAGAGAGAUGCUGCUGAUGGGAUGGGCUUCUAUGGGCCCAAGAACAACUUCAGUAAGCACCUAAACGAGAGUAACCCGGUACCAGAUGGUGGUCGCCCUGAGCGUGCGUGGCGGCGCCAUGUGUCACCUUCCUUCUUGUCCAGUCAUGCCAUGUAUAAUCCCCAGGAGGAGGACUCGGCACCCCCACGGCCACCUCUACCCCAGUCCUACGAGCCCAACCCCCCCCCAGUGCCCCCCGUGCCCUCUCCCGCUGGUGUUCGCCCUUCAACACUCCACAGGGCGGAGGAGAGGAAGGCCAGUCACAAGAAUGGCACGCACAGUGGUCCAGACUACAGGCUGUAUAAGAGUGAACCCGAGCUCACCACAGUAGCUGAAGUGGAUGAGAGUAAUGGAGAGGACAGAUCGGAACAUCCGUCUGACAGAGAACAUCCCGGAAACAAAGGAAUGUCCUACCCAGUUGGCAUCGUCCCACCCAGAACCAAAUCUCCAGUGACUGAGUCGUCCUCCAUCGCCUCGUAUGUUACGCUAAGGAAGAGCAGGAAGCCUGACCCCAGGAUGGAGCGUCCACACAGCGCAGUGGAGCAGCAGCUGUGUGCUGUGGAGAGUGGUCGGCCCAGGAUGAGUGUGGAGGAGCAGCUGGAGAGGAUCCGCCGCCAUCAGCAGGGGGCCCUCAGGGAGAAGAAGAAAAGCCUCAACAUCCGGGGCAGCGGCCAGGACAACACACCCUCCCGCAGUCACUCGUUUACUAAAGGCACCCGCGGCGUGCAGUCCCAGAUGAGACGCAGAGAUGAGGUGAUGAGCUUUGACAUUCAGGCGCUGGAGGACUCUCUCAGGGAGCAGGAGGUGGUGAGGGAGCAGGAGACGCCCGCUGAGGAGAUUGCACGUCUUAGAGAAGCCUCGCAGGCUGACCACUUUAAUUUGGACCGAGAGCUUUCUGUGCCUGAUAAAGUGCUGAUUCCUGAACGUUACAUUGAGUCGGACCCUGAGGAGGCUCUGAGCCCCGAGCAGGAGGCUGACAAGCAGAGGAAAGUCGACCGCAUCAAAGCUCUUAUAGUAAAAAACAGUAUGCAUAACGUGUUGCAGAGCACGGGUCUGAGCCCAGAGGAGGAGAAUGAGGAGGAGGUGACCAUACAGGAGAAAGAGAAGAUGAUUAAUAUCUCGUACGAGCUGGCAGCUGAGGCCUCCAAACGCAGCAAGCUGGUAGCAGUGAAAAGCCUGUCAUCCUCUUCCCCACCCCCUCCACAGUCUCCUAACACACCCCCUCAGCUCGCUGAUGGGUCUCACUUCAUGUGUGUGUAGUAGCACCACACAGGCUCUGGCUUCAGUAAAAACCUACACAUGAAGGAAACAGCAGUGGAAGUAUAAAGAUGAACCUGUAAACCCAAGGACAUCAGCACAAGGCCCACGGCCCACAGAGAGUGACACUUUCCACUCGGUCUUCACCUGUGACUUCUGUACGCUCACUGUGACGUCUCAAGCUCCUGUGCCACCCACCACACCUUUCUCUGUGACACUUCUCUGCAAAUCACCUUCAGACCGUUAACGUUGCAGCUUCCUUCUCAGUUGUUUUACGAGGCUUUUAAGUUUAAUUUUAUUAUUUAUAUGGUUUUAUUAGGUCCUUGUUUGAAUAUGGGCCGAUGUCUGUGUGUAUAUGAGGCUAAUAGACCGAGUUCUGUUUUUGGCAAUGCCUAAUUUUCAUGUGUUCAGAUCAUUUUAGCUCACUUAAGUCUUUUAUAUCCACUCAAUUUGUUUUUCAGACAUUGGUCGUCAGCCAACCGUUCAUAUUUAUCCAUUAACUAUCAAGAACAUAUGUGGAUGCGAGACAUAAAGAGACAAACUGUGGAUCCUUCCAUUGUAAUGAAAGGAGGAGCAACGUUAUGGCUGCAGACUAAGAUUAUUUGUAAUUUUUUCUUAUUUCUAGGUUGUAAUUAUUUAAUAACGGGAUCCUCUGCAAUCCCUCUCGCAUUUUUGCCGACACUUAUGUGAAUGUUCUGGCUUAAGUCAUUCUAUACUAUUUUUUUUGUUGUUUUUUUGAGAGAGAGAUAUUUAAACUGAGAGGAGAAAACAAUCUGAUUUUGGUUCUAUUUUGUGAUAUUUUGGUUUGAAAAAGAAGAAUAAAAAAAGAUUAGCACAUGUAAAAAGCAAUAAAAAUAUGUUUUGUGGAUCCAGGAUGAUUUUUUUGUGUGUGUACAAAGUGUAAUUAUCAGAGGUUUACUGUGUAUAUAAUGUACAUGGUACAGCAGGAUGGGAGAAUGUAUCCAACAUGAGGUUACAUACUAUAUUUGAUUUGAAAAUGUUCAUAUCCCAUCUGUUUUAUAACAUGUGAAAUAAAUGUUGCCAUUUUUAA